UUCCGCAGCUGGUUAAGGCAAAACCGAUCUUCUUAAUCGAAGCUGGGCACUAGCGGAGCGAAUUAGCGACUGCGAUCGGAGAAGAAGAAGAAGAGGCCAUGGGAAUCUCCCGAGCUCGCUCAAGCACCGUCUGUAUUCUUCUGUUACUCUCGCUGAGCUUAUUCCCCUGUGCUUUCUCUAAAUCUCCUCGUCCUAUAUCCGAUGUGGAGAUUAGGGAGAAGAAGAACCAAUGCUAUGCUGAUAUAGAGAGUGGGCUAUGGGGUUGGCAAUGCAAAGCUUCUGCUAUAGCUAAAGAGAAUUGUGCGCUGCGAUGCCUCUCUCCGGUUUGCUACGAACUCAUCUAUGAGAGUGAUCCACUUGAAGAAGGCGAGAAAGAUUUGAUUAGGAGCCAAGAAUACAAAUAUUGUAUGUACAAGUCUUCGCUCGGGGAGAGCCUAGAUGGUGUUCGUGGCAGCUUUUUAUAGAACCAAAGCCAAACAAGUGUUCUUUAUGCUCUUCCAUGUUUGUAAGACUUCGAAUUUGUUUCAAACGCUAAUCAUGUGAUAAUAAAAUCGCAAUUCUGCAUAAAUU